AGGGGCAAAGGACAGCCCGCGCGUGUGUUUACGGAAGCCCUCAGUUACUAGGUGAUAAAAGGUAGCCAAUCAUGAUCGAUUUAACUCGAAAAGUUAGAGGUCAUUCAUAGUGUGGAACAAGUAACGUAAGACAAUAUACCUGCGGUACGAAUUCUUACUGUAACAGGUAUAUGUAUUACUGAAGUCGUGAUUUAUAAAAAGAACCGCUGUUACGGUAUAUAUUCUAGAUGGCCCCGAGCUGAUGUCUGACUUGAUCAUCACAGAAGAAAAAAGGAAGACACACAAAGCCACCAUGGCUCAUCAUUUCAAGAUAGCGACCCAUGUAACAUGAGACACAGUGGGUUAAUCUAACGUGAACUUCAACAUGGACGACGUCGUGCGGGCCAAGAGUCGGAGGAGGAACGACAAAGAAGUGGCAGCCGUCACUUUCAACAUGAAGGCACAGCAAAUCCUUGAAAAAACAAUGCAGACGCUCUCUCUGGAAGAGGACUAUGCCUGCAAGCUCAUAGAUUUGGAGAAUCAGGUGGUCCGCCACAAGUACAGACGGUUUAAGGAUAAAGUCGCCAAAAUCAAGUCGUAUUUAGACGUGGAUGAAAUCAUGGAUUUAAGACAGCUCGAAAGGGACGGCAAAAUGAAACCUAUGAUAACUACGUUUAGUUUGAAUACGGAAUCGAAACUUGCUGCCGCUCAAAGAAGACUUAAGCUUAACCAAAAGGAGAGGACAAAAAGUGCCCCUCCUAGGACCAAUAAGACCCCCCAAAACACACCUCGAACGCAGAGGACUCCAAGAGAAACUUCCUGGCUGCUAACUUCAGCUAGCAGCUCUCCGCCACCCCCGGCACCUCUGAGGCGUGCCAACUCCGUAUCAGGGGCGUUCAUAGACUCUCCCUGCCCGGAAUCCAAGAGGAGGCGGAGUUCCAUCGAUGCUUCCGUCGAAACACCGACUGACAGUGAAAAUAAACCCGCGGCUGAAGACAGCAAACCCCGCGUACUGCUAGAACGUCGGGCCACCACUGCUGGCCAACGUACCAAACCUAGAAAAGAACCACCACCUCAGCUUCAACGUUCUCAAACCGCUUUAGGUCACAGAAACGUGAAUCUGUCUUAUUCCUCGCAUGCUGUGGCAGAAAAAGACGCUGAAAAAGCUGCUAGAAAACAAGCUAAAUUGGAAGCAGAGGAAUCAAAACCUCAGCGGACUAGACACAUGUCGGCCUCUUCCGAUUCUUCCACGGGGAGUACGUUUGGCAUAGACCCAUAUAAACUUCGCAGGAGGGCAUUUUUAGCCGGCGAAGAAGACUUCCAGUCAAAAAUAUUCAGCACUAAAAAAGAUAAUUUUCUAGAACGUGUUCAAAGAACGGUAGCGGAAAACCCACCCAGCCGACCCCCCAGUCAAAUGGAUGCUGAACAGAUUAUAAAAUCAAUAGAAAAACCGAAAAAUGAUCGCAAAGAGAACAAAAGAUCUGUUGUGGCUCCAAAGGCCAUCAGACGCUUGAUGGAACGUGAUAAUUCCUUCAGUUCCUUAGCAAACCUUUCAGAAGAAGAACAAGCAAGAAAAUUAAUGGAACAGUGGGAGGAUCUUAAGAAAUGUAGGUAUCUGCGAAUUCCACCAGCGAUGGAGGAUCUGUCGGGAGUGAACACGCUUGCUGUGGAUAACCUUAAACUGCUGCAUUCGCUCCGCUACGCGCCGCCCGACCAGUCGGGGUUCGGAGUGGCCGUAGUGGCGGACAGGCAGGUGCUUAGUAGAAAUAACCUGAAUGCCGUGCCCAGUUGAAAUCUAAAGCGAAAGUCAGUGUUUGCUGUGUUUUGCGCUGAAUUUUGAGAUCCUGUUGGGAAUUAUAAUGUUUGCAUAGUUGCACAUUCAGAGAAGCUUGAUUAAACUAGAUAUUUUACUGCACACUCACUAAAUCGAGGGGGGGCGUUUGGAAUGACAUUUUUUUGCGAACAAUUGCUUGUUAUUGCACUAGAUCUGAAUUUUGAGUUGGUUCUCACAUAUAUCUGAAACUAGGGACUGGAUUUUCGAUGAUAUCCCGUAGGUCGGUGGGUGGGGUGGGCCCAUUUAAAUUCUGCUUGUCUACUGGGUGAAAAGUUUUUGCAACUUUCAAGCAGAAUGUUUUCACUGUGAUGCAACGUAUAUGAGCUACGCACAUAACUAAUAUAGAUAAGAAUCGAAGAUGUGGUGUGCAAUUAAUGAUAAAACCAUCCGAAAAUAUGUAACGCUUUUUAUUUUGUUUCAAUAGUUAAGUUUUUAACUGACUGAUUAAUUGAUCAUGGAUUAUUGAUAACUUAAUUAACUUAUUCAUCGAUAUAGUAAAGUAGUAAGUGAAAGGACAGUAGGUCUAUUUGACCGGCUGCAUGCUAACCGCUUUUGUGAUAUGAACAAUAACUGUAUUAUUUUUUACUGGAAACCAUUCCUGGCUUCUGUGCAAUACUAUUUAUGCCAACAAGUAAGGACGGUGCCUGAUUGUAAUUUUUUAUUGUGUUUAUGUAAAUGCUCGCACGCAGUUUGUAAUAUGUCGUUUUUUGAAUGAUAUAUUAAAUACUAAUGCUUCA